AGCCGGAUUAACAUGCAGCUGCCUCACCACAGCCUGAACCUAGUGACUACAUUACCUCCCACCUCCCUUCCCUUUCCCUCCACUUCUCGACCCACGUAUGGAGCUACAACGACAGUCCGGGCAAACUCUGGCAUCGAGCGAUGAAGGAGGGUUCAUUCAUCUCGAAGGCAUGUGGAUCCCAACAUUUACAGGCGUCCAUUCUGACUGUUUGUGUAGCAAUUGAUGUCAAGAUCACCGGCGAACGGAAGUACUCAAAGCUCCAGAUAAUACUUGAGGGUGGAUCGCAAUUUCGGCACACGUCAGACGUAGUUGAGAACUCGUUGUCGGUGCAGUGGGAUUCUGAUAUAUAUGUAAAAUCUCAAACCAAAGCAGUUCUUUUGGUUCAGUACAUUAAAGGCUUCCGUAUUCAACGAACACUCGACAAAUUCGAUCUAGAUUUCUGCUCACAGGAGAUUGGGCCAAGGAAGACGGUCACGCGGAUAGGCCGGGAAUCCCUUGCUACCGUGGAACUAUCUUUUGGGCAGGAGAGAUCGUCUCUUGACAUUGCACGUUGGCUAACUCCCAAUGCCGUUACUGCUCUUGGGUCAAAAGUCACCAUGCUCGAUAAACUUGAUAGGGUAUUCAAAUUAUGUGACCUUGCACUGAAACUAGUCACGGGUGCAUCCGAGGUGAAUCCAUUUGCAAAAGCCGCGGCUAGUAUUAUUAGUAGAGUUUUCGAGAGGUUCCGCGACAUUCCGUUGUUUCAUAAGGAGCUCGUCUUAAUCCUGGACAAUGUGGUAGAACUCUUGCCUAUUGUAGAGCUCGUUCUCAAGCAUGUCACUAACGACGAAGUACGAGGAAUUCUCCAGAAGUUCUUUGAUUUCGUUAUAAAAUUGGCAAUAAAUUUGGAGGAUUACGCGUCUAAGCCUCCCUUGAGAUUUGUCCUUUGGAGUUGGUACAACCCUAGGAAAGACGAAAUUCACCAGAUCAAGGACCAGCUGACGUACACGCUACGCAGCUUGAGUCUCGGGUUGCAGGCUAAUAUUAUAGGUGUAGCAACUGCGAUCGAUGAACGCCAGCUUUCGGAGAUAGAAGAAAGGGCAUUGGAACGGCUGUGGCCGCCAGAAAAUAGUGCCUAUGAUCCAUCUCGCGGAUGUCUAUCAGGCACAAGAAGAAGCGUUUUACAGAAUGUCGAAGAAUGGGUGCACUCAAAGCACCAUUCUCAGCGAAUCUAUUGGGUACAUGGCGUCGCGGGUUGUGGAAAAAGCUCGGUAGCAGCGUCCGUGGCAACUGCACUGGACGGGCAGAAGGUCCUGUCGGGGUCAUUCUUCUGUAAGCGGGAUAUUCCCGAACGAAGGAGUGCUGGACGACUCCUCCGUUCGCUGGCGUACUUUCUAUCGCGGAGAAUAAUGACGUUCAGGAAGGCCGUCCUUCAGCAAAUGGAGGAUGACCCUGUUAUACUGGAUAAGCCUCUCGCACAUCAGUUCAACAGACUUCUUGCGAAUCCAAUAGCGGCAGUUUCUCGAGAGAUGGAAUCGGAAAUGAUGGUCGUUAUUGUCAUUGACGCUUUGGACGAAUGUGAAGACGGCGAAACUACUGCAUCACAUCUUGUGAGCAUGGCCGAAGCAGCACAUUGGCUCAGAAUCAUCAUUACCAGCCGUCCAAAUCCACGAAUCAAGGAAAACAUGCUCCGAGUCAAUAACCUCGUCCAGGACUGCGACUUGUUUGAAGCAACCACUGACGAAGACAUAUAUCACUUUGUCCGAGAACAGUUCACGUCCAAUCCUGGCCUUCGCAAAAUCCAACCAGCCCCAAUUGAUGUUCUAGUACAAAGGGCGGCAGGACAUUUCAUAUGGAUUUCUACGGUCCUAAAACAUGUUAGCAUGAAAUCGUUCGGAAAGGGCAAGCUCUUGCGGCAAAUAGUCGAAUCAAAUCCUGGGACAUCGUCUUCCGAAGGAAACCUUGAUGCCGUAUACUUACGAGUACUCCAAGACGCCGCGCAAAACUUCACGGAUGGCGAGCACGCGGUCAGGCUCAUUGUCGGCCUCAUCUUUGUGAUUUCGAAGAAUAAACCACUCCCUUUAGAAGCGUUAUGUGCCUUCGUUCCUUCCGACCUAGAUGCUGGGCAAGAUGAGCUGGACGCCUUGCUCAGGCAUUUGGGCUCGGUGCUAUACGAGGACGCUCAGACUGGUGCUAUACGUGUUUGUCACCCGUCAUUCCUCGAUUUCGUCGGGAGCAGUGAUAGGUCUGGACAGUUCUGGACAGCAGUAGCGGAAUUGGAAAUGAGCAUGGUGGAGAGGUGUCUUCAAAUCAUGCUCGACGGGCUCAAAUUCAAUAUUUGCGACUUAGAAACUUCAUAUGCCCCGAAUUGUGAUGUGUUGGACCUCAGUCAGCGUAUAUAUUGUAAAAUAUCUCGGCAGCUACAGUAUAGCUGCCUGUACUGGUUCAACCAUUUAUGCCGAUCCCAAACUGACGAGGUAUGCGAAGGCCAGGUGCAGCAAAUUCUACGCCAAUUUUUGUUUCGGACUUCGUCACUGUACUGGUUGGAGGUGUUAAGCGUCAUGUCUGAGCUUGGAGUAGCGAUUGCCACUCUCGAAGGGUUCUUGAGUGUUUCGAAGAGCUUUAACUUUGACCAAGAACUCGUUUCUACUGCGUCGGAUCUAUACCGAUUUGUGACGGCCUUCCGAGAGCCGAUGGCGACAAGUGCACCACACAUCUACCUUUCAGCGUUGCUAUGGGCGCCGGUCAAGGCGAUGAUGGCAAGACGAUAUUGUACGGACUUUAAUAUCCGACAAUGCAUAUUGAAAGGGGUCAAUGAAUACUGGCCAGUCAAUAUUCAUACAUUAUCUGUACAUUCUAGCGUCUUGGGUGUUGCCUAUUCCCCGGACGGUCGUCAUAUAGUCUCUGCGUCUGAGGACGGGGCAGUGAACAUUUGGGAUGCUCAGACUGGUGCACAGAUAGCAUCACUCGAAGGCCAUCAAGGCUCUGUAGAGUCUGUUGCUUAUUCGCCUGACGGACGUCACGUGAUCUCUGGCUCUGACGACAAGACUCUGCGCGUUUGGGAUGUUGAAACGGGUGCACAGGUGGGCACACCGAUCGAAGGGCAUGUAGGUGGCAUCCGGUCUGUUGCUUAUUCACCAGAAGGACGUCAUAUUGUCUCUGGGUCUGACGACACGACAGUGCGCAUUUGGGAUGCUGAGACGGGUACACAGGUAGACACACCACUUGAAGGUCAUCAAGGCACCGUCCGUUCUGUCGCGUAUUCGCCAAACGGACGUUAUAUCGUCUCUGGGUCUGAAGACGGGACAGUGCGUAUAUGGGAUUCUCAGGCGGGAGCACAGGUGUACUGCGCCGUGAUCACAUCAUUCGGAAAUUAUCGCACAACCUUUUCUGUUGCUUAUUCACCAAACGGACGUUAUAUCGUCUCUGGAUCCGAAGAUACAUUGCGUAUAUGGGACGCUGAGACAGGUGCUCAAGUUGGCACACCACUCGAAGGCCAUAGUCGCUCCUGGGUCGUUUCUGUGGCGUAUUCCCCAGACGGACAUCGUAUCAUCUCCGGCUCUAGUGACAAAACGGUGCGUAUAUGGGAUGCUGAGACAGGUGUGCAAGUUGGCAAGCCUCUCGAAGGUCAUGGAGACUUCAUUACUUCUGUCGCAUGUUCACCAGACGGACUUCAUAUUGUUUCUAGCUCUCAUGACGAGACACUGCGAAUCUGGGACACUCAGACGGGUACACAAGUAGAUACAUUGCUCGAAGGUCAUCAUGACGAUCCGCAUUGUGCAUUUUAUUCCCCAGAGGGGCGUCAUAUUGCCUCUGGGUCUCGGGACAGGAUGUCGCGCAUCUGGGAUGUCAAGAUGGGCGCACAGGUGGUCACACCGCUCAAAGGCCAUCAAGACGCUAUCCUUUCUGUUGCUUAUUCACCAAAUGGACGUCAUAUUGUCUCUGGAUCUGCGGAAAAGACAGUACGCGUAUGGGAUGUUUGGACGGGUCUGCAAGUGGGCACCCCACUUGAAGGUCAUCAAAGAUCUGCCACUGUUGUUGUUUAUUCUCCAGACGGACGAUGCAUUGUCUCUGGUUCUGGAGACAAGACAGUGCGCAUAUGGGAUGCUGAGACAGGUGCGCAAGUGGGCACACCACUCGAAGGUCAUCAAAGCCGGGUCCUUUCUGUUUCUUAUUCACCGGACGGACGUCAUAUUGUCUCUGGUUCUGACGACAAAACGGUGCGCAUUUGGGAUGUUCAUAUCGGAGCACAAGUGUGUGCAGCACUCGAAGGACAUCAAGAAGAAGUCGAAUCUGUUGCCUAUUCGCCAAACGGACGUUACAUUGUCUCUGGGUCUAGCGACUGGACAGUGCGCAUUUGGGAUGCUGAGACAGGCGCACAGGUGGGUGCACCACUCAAAGGUCAUCAAAACGAUGUCCGUUCUGUUGCAUAUUCACCAGACGGGCGUCAUAUCGUCUCUGGGUCCGAUGACAAUACAAUGCGUAUAUGGGAGGUUAAGGCAUGUAUACAGUUGGCAACGCCGACCAAGGGUCACCGAGGCAAUGAUCAUUCUGUUUCUUAUUUAUCAGACGGGUGUCACUCCGCAUCUGAGUCUGAUGACUGGGCAGUACACAUGCGGGAUAGCCGGACGAGUGCACAGACUAGUGCUUCAUUGGAAGGUCACCUUGACUCCACCCAUUCUGUGGUACAAAUUCAGAAUGGACGUGAUAUCGUUUCUGAGUCUGGAGACGAGAUGGUUCCCAGUCGGGACAACCACAGCACGAAUCAGAUGGAUUGCCUUCAUACGACGGAAGAGGCUUGUGAGGUGGAAAUACGUUUCCUAGAUAACAACUCGGAAUCUAUGGAUGGCAACUUCACAACAAAUUCGGGUGAUAGUGAUGAAGGAGAAUAUUGUGCAGAUGUAAAUGGGUUUGUAUGGUUAAACGAAGAAAGGACAGGGCCAAAAGCGGAAUCAACAGCAUUGUAUAGGAAUCAUCCAUCAGUGGUUCCAGUGGACGGAUGGAUCCGGACUCGAUCAGGUGGCUUACUACUAUGGAUCCCGCAUGAGUAUCGCAAUGGUAUUUGCGAUAUGAGUGUGGAUUGCUUUCCGCGUGACGCUCCCGGCCAUCCUGUAAGGCUCGACUGGUCAAAGUAG